ACAUUAUUAUUCAACAUUCAUUCAUAGCUAAUCUCCUUUCAACUUUCAAGAAUUAAUGGCUAACAAGUUGGGACUAUCCUCAAUUCUUUGCUCUCUUCUCAUCUUCUCUUUGAUCAUCAAAACGAGUUUUGCAGCUCGUAACCUAAAUGAAAACGUGUUAGAAUGGGUGAAGAAGGAUAAUCGUCGUUUUCUUCGUGUUGUCAUUCAUGUCUCCAAUCUUAACAACUCUAUCAAAAUUUACACUCAAGGCUUCGGAAUGAAGCUUUUGAAGAGAAGGAAGUUUGACGAUAGAGGAUAUGAAGAUGCCCUUAUUGGAUUUGGACCUGAAAAUACUCACUUUUUGUUGGAAAUGAGACAACGGGAUGAAUCCAACAAUGUAUUUAUUGGCACAGAGUUUGGAUACUUUGGAAUUUCCACUCAAGAUGUCUACAAGUCUGUGGAACAAGCUCGAAGAAAUGGAGCAGUGGUAAUUCAAGAACCUGAAAAAGUUAACCAAACUAUAAGUGGAGUGGAAUGGUGGAAGAUGAAAAUGGAUAUAAAUUUAAGUUCAUCCAAUGCAUCUCAGCUCCCAUUGAUCCUCUCUCUCAAAUAAUGCUUCGUGUACAAGAUUUGAAUAUCUCUACCAACUUCUAUUUAAAGGCAUUAGGGAUGAAACUCUUCAAGAGCCAAAACAAUUCACAAGCACAGUUAAGAUGGGGUAUGAUGGGAUAUGGAAGAAAUGAAAGUGAGACAACAGUGCUUAAAUUGGAAACAAGAAAUAACAUAUCUCGUGAUGAUGGAGGAGAUGGCUAUUCAAUGCUAUACAUUAGUACAGACAAUGUAAAGAAGAGUAAUGAAGCAGCCAAAUUGGUAAUAAAAGAGCUUGGUGGGAACAUAAUAAUGGAGCCUGUUUUGGUGCCAACCAUUAAUGUCAAAAUGACUGGAUUUAGUGUGACCCUGAUUCUUGGAGAAUGAUUAUGGUGGACAAUAAAGAUUACCAAAGAGGAACCCUUUAGAAAGAAGGGAGAAAGAAGAAAAUAAUGAUCAAAUUUAGAGGACAUUAUAAGAUUUAAGAGUUUCUUCCUUUUAAUAUUGUAGUUGAUAUUUAAUAUAUAUUUCUAGAUAUUCAAUUAAAGUUUGUGUUAUCAUUCCAUCGUCUCCAUUAUA